AGGGCCAGGCAGCAGCAGGACACAAGGAGAGCCGAAGUGCAGGACCAUGGAGCAGUACUUCUCGGCCACGCAGAAGAUGGAGCAGGAGGUGAUGUUCCCCAGCCUGCUCAGAGGGGUCUUCCCACAGGAUGGGGCUGACCCAGCCACCAGCGGCUCCGCGGACCUCUACGAGCGCUACCAGCUCCUCAAGGCCAUCAAGCCCAUGGUGGAGCGAGGCCUGGCCUCCGUCACUGAUCAGAGCCCCACCAGCAAUGACGACGCCAACGCAGCCCCAGAUGAUGGCAUAGAUGGGAAUCUGGAGGAGCGGCUGUCCCACCAUAUGAAUGGCUUGCAGCAGGUUCUGACCGACCUCACCAAAAACACCAAAGCUCUCACCCGGAGGUACAGCCAGAUCCUGGAGGAGAUCAACCUCGGUGAAGGUCAGAGCAGCUCGUGAGCCUGCACACAGAGACUCCAAGGGUGAUCUGAUGUUUGCAGCCCAGUGGCAGCUUUACUUCUGUGUCGAGUCCCACCGAGGAACGUCUUUCACGACCAGCACAGAGCUUGGCUGUACCGUCCAAGGUGCCACAUGGUUGAUCCUCCUGGCAAACCUCACUGCUUUGUUUCCCCUUCAUUCCUGGGGAAUUGCCUUGCAGCAGGCAGGGCAAAAAAUGAGUGUUCUCUGUUACUGCUUCCUAGAAGGCGUCUGUAACCUUGAAACAAUGCUUUUGUUCCGCGUGUGCCUAAACCACCUCCCCACUGGUUUCUUUUAUAAUGUCACCAGUUCCCAAAGUCAGUGAUCUGAAAUAAAAUGCAAAGCCUUGAGCAAAUGA